UUACGUUUGGGGAAGUUGCUCAACAUGGGAAAUACACACUUUACGAGACCGCGAGCAAUAUAUCCGUUUGCCGUUGUUCUGCUUGCAAUGGCGGAUAACUAACACUCAUAACUGCGGUGUAAGUUGAAUACCAUGUUGUUAUAACUGUCAGACAAAACACAAAGUGGAGUUGUGUACUUUUUUUUAAAAAUGAAUAACUCAGUAACUUCCGCUACUUACAUUCGCAGCCUCAGUUUUAGUUUACGUCGCAGGUUGUCCGAUUUUUUGGACCCCCAGGGUCGAUGGAAAGAUGUUAUUACGUCGAUACGGAAGCCGAGUGGCGAAUUGAGGUACUCUCAGCUUCAUGUCAGGAGGUUCGAAGGCCUUGUUGCACAGGGUAAAAGUCCCACAGUGGAGCUGCUGGUUGACUGGGGCACCGCUAACAGUACAGUGGGGGAACUUGUGGACAUUUUGAGGAGUCACAAGUUAUUGGCUGCUGCUCGUGUCCUGCUACCUGAGGAAGAGGCCGUCUCUCCAGAGACUCAGCCGGCCGCUCCAGCUGCGCAAACAAACAGUCUGCUUUCAACCCGACGACUGGAGGAGACGGAGACGCGGCCGCCUCCUGAACUCUCGGUCCUGCAGCCACAGAUUCUACCGGAGGGCAGUGAGCCCGGACACACAGUCGGCUUCUCCAGUUUCUUCUACAAUGAGCUGAUGAGGAUCACGGGCAACUUCGAUGACCGACCCGUCUCAGACGGCGGCCGCAGACUGGGAGAGGGAGGCUUCGGCACCGUGUACAAAGGUCUCCUUAACGACAAACCGGUCGCGGUGAAAAAGCUCAAUCCAAUGGACGACAUCUCCGUGGACGAGCUGCGAGUGCAGUUCAACCAAGAGAUCCAGACCCUGAAAGUGUUGAAACAUGAAAACCUGGUUGACAUGGUUGGAUUCUCCUGUGAUGGACAGCACCCGUGUGUGGUGUACGCCCUCAUGGUCAACGGGUCGUUGCUCGACCGGCUGGCUCUCUUGGAGGGAUGUCCUCCGCUGUCCUGGCGACAGAGAUCCUUGAUAGCUGAAGGGACAGCGAGAGGCUUGGAGUACCUGCACAACAACCAUCAUGUCCACAGAGAUGUCAAAAGUGCAAAUAUCUUAUUAGAUGAAACAUUCGUGGCAAAGAUCUCGGACUUCGGGCUGACGAGAGUGUCGGCCAAGCGCACGACGACCACCGUGAUGACGGAGAGGAUUGUGGGUACCCGUGCGUACAUGGCACCCGAGGCGCUGCGAGGAGAGAUCACACCUCGAUCUGAUGUCUUCAGCUUUGGAGUGGUGUUGUUGGAAAUCGUGUCUGGACUCCCGCCAGCCGAUGAAAAGCGCGAGCCACAGUUGUUGAUGGAGAUGAGGUACGAUAUAGAUGACGAAGACGAGGAGCUGACAUUUGAGGACUUCCUGGACAAAAGGAUGGGCGACCGGGUCCUGAGCCAGGUGGAGAGCGUCUACUCUUUGGCCUGUAACUGCCUCCACGACAGGAAAAACAGGCGGCCGCUCAUCAAACAGGUCGUGAUGGAGCUUAAAGGAGUUGUCAAAAGCAUGUUGCUGGAUUUUGAGGCACAAGAAUGAAGCACGGCGUCCUAGAAAAACGUUUGUGUGCACACUGACACAUUAUUUUUCUUCUCAACUUUUAGAGAAAUUAAUGACUUCAUCACUGUGACAGACAAUAUAUUUUUUUCUGAAUAAAAAAAAAUCUUGUGUAAUUAUU